AUGGAAACACGGCGGGGCUUGGACGACGGACCAGCAGAAGGACAAGCGAAAGAGCAGUCCUCUGCCUCUGACUCUGCCUCUGAGUCUUCGCAUGAUGGCUCAGCUCUAUCAGCCAGCCAGCCAGUCUGGAUACCUGGCAAGGACGAUGUGAAAACCGCAGACUACCAAGAAGAAACGCCAACGAACUACGUCACCCUGAACACCUUCGAGGAACUCACGGCUCACCUCAAAGCAAGGAUAUGUCGCGUGUGUCAGGAACCUUUCUUUUCCUCGGAGCUCGAUAUCCGCCGUCUAUUUCAAGAUUGGGCAGAUGGCGUGGUUGAUCAGUUGUCCUGCAAUGUUAGGUGCAGUAGCUGUAAUACGCGCUCAUGCAUCGCAUGCGAGCCAGAACCCUUCGCAAGAUCUUCUAGGAUAAUCUCUCAGUCUAGCAAACGAUACGUCUCCUGGUGCUGCGUCGGCGGUCGGUUGUUCCUUAUAUGGGCACUCCUUUGUGGAUUUGAUCGGCAUAUCUGGGAGUCUAGGAAUGUUGGAAAGAUUUCCAAGCAAUCCGAGGCGGAGCCAAAGUCGCGCAAGAAUGCCAACAAGGCCACCCGCGGUGGUGGUGUAGGUUUGGGUGGUGGCCAUAGGCCUUCGACGGGCCACAUGCCUAGUGGUAUGGGAUAUGGCGGGCAUGGUUACCAUAUGUACGAAGAUACCGAUUUUGAAGACGACAUUGACGACAACGAGGACGGCGACGAGGACGGCGGCGAUGUUGCUGAUAUGCAAUAUACGCUGGAUAAAGCAAAAGGUCCUGGACACAACUUGAACUUGAAGAGAUCUGCGACUUCGAGACCCAAGAAGGAAGACAAGGUAUCAAAGGCGCAGAAUGCACAGAUAAGCGAAGAUGCGUUUAGCGGCAUGGUCCUAGGCUUCUUGACCGAUCUGCUUCCAUCCCUUGAGCGGGAAACCUGCUUCGAUUUCGACCCUCCUAAAGCCGUUCUGGAAAUGCUCACCAACAGCAAGAUUCUCCAGUACUGCGCAGAACUACUUCGUAACGACUCGUUGAUUGAUGUUACAAAGCGUAAAGAUCUUUAUCAGACUCUGUUCAUCUUCCUGAUGACUAUGGGCUCGCAUAGCGAAACAAGUGCAGCUCUUUUUGGCCCUCGAUUCGUGCGUCCCGAGAUGGUAGACCUCCUCACACUCUCAUUCUGCGCCGCCGUGCCUGAUUUGAGAGAAAACGUUUCUAUUCUUGCUGGAUGUUUACGUAAUCUCACUACGCAGAGUUCCAUGGUGCUUCAGAGCGCAAAGAAUAAUGAAGAGGACUUCAAGAAUCAAGAAGGCCAGGAUAUGCUAUGGAUCUGUCAUAAGAUUUCAAACCUUUCGCAAUACAUUACAGACAACUCGGCCACGAUAACUGACGGCGACAAGGGCAAGGAGACUGCAGUGGUUCUUGAGGACCUUGCUGUGGGAGAGGUAGAAGAAAAGUUGAUGAAACAAAACCACCGCUAUUACAAACAAGCGAAGGAACUUGAAUCUUCCCGUCCAGGGAGGUUCAAGCGGUUGGUCACAGAGAUUACGACGCUACAAACAGGCCUUCCACCAGGUAUCUUUGUACGCUACUGCGAGAAUAGGCCAGACAUCCUCAAAUGUGUCAUAGUUGGACCUGUCGGAACUCCGUACGAGAAUGGCCUUUUCGAGUUCGACUUCUUCUGCAGCGCGGAGUAUCCCAAGAACCCUCCACAGGUCAACUUCAAGGGAACAGCAGGCGGUUGUAUAUCUAUUAAUCCAAAUCUUUACGCCGACGGCAAGGUCUGCUUAUCUCUACUUGGAACAUGGUCUGGCGAACCGUGGAAAGCUGACGAGUCGACAUUACUGCAAGUCUUGGUAUCAAUACAGGCAAUGAUAUUGUGUGAGGAGCCGUGGUACAAUGAGCCAGGAAGGGAGGCCGGCUACACCCGCAGCCCCAGCAGCCCCUCGGCGAAGUACAACAAGAAGAUUCGCGAACACACUGUACGCACUGCGAUUCUAGCUUGGCUAGAUAAACCGCCACUGCUAUGGAAAGAUGUAGUCGAUCACCACUUCAGGGAGCAUGGCAACGCCAUUCUCAAGACAGUAGAGGAUUGGACCAAGGAGAAGGCGACUGAUGCCAACAAGUCACGCUCUGAAGUCUCUUAUACAGAUGAGUUCUACGACUACGACGAGGCAUUUGCUGCUGCCCUCACCGCGAAUGGUCGGACGCUCAGUUCAGACGAUAUGGGUACUAUGCUGUUUAAGUUACAGCCUGCAUUGAAGGAGUAUGGAGUCACAUUCGAAGUCACCUACGUUGCACCUACAGAGAAGAUCACAUCUCCGGCCCCGAAAGCUCCAAGGAAACACUCGUGGUCGCCGUACCAACUUCCACCACUCGUUUCUGGGGCAAGUUCAUCGGGAGCGCCACAGCCAGGGUUUGUACCGCCACCGCCACCACCACCAUCAUACGAUUACAACGCGUUAAUUGGUAUGACUGAUACGAUUGCGGUGUUUCAGCAACAAGCUGCUGCUGCUGCUGCUGCUGCUACUGUUGGGCGCGGAGGCUACACCAUGGGUCAAGGUCGCGGAGCAUUCUCGGGUGGGCACAACGUGGUCGGCAACACUUCGUACAGCUCUGAUGGAAGUCCGGCGACCUCGAACAUACAGGGUGAAUCCGGCAUAGGAGGCUCUUCCGAAGCUCCAAGGUAUGGCCUAAGAUCAGCUACACGUGGUGGUCGCGGGGGCGACGGUAGCAAUGCAAGCGCUCGAGGUGGUCGGGGUAAUUUUCCUUACAGUGUAUCACCACUUACGUCUGGCGCCGGCGUCAACAUGGGCCGCGGUCGAGGUGAUACGACACUGGGUCGCGGAGGCUUUGGUCGUGGUCGUGGCCGGGGUGACGGAGACGCCCAGGGUGGUCUGGCAACUACAUUUGCUCCUUUUUUCCCUCCCACUCCCGCUAGCUUCGGCCGUGGGCGAGGUGCACCUCCUCCGGGUGAUAACUUCACUUUGGGAGAUGCGCCGCCUUGGACUCAUGGAGGAGGCUUUGCCAAUGGCCGUGGUGGACGGGGUGAACGAGGUGGUCGAGGCGGACGGGGUAGAGGUCGUGGCGAUCGUGGAGACAGCGGUCCCUAG